AUGGCGGCCACAAGCUCUCUUGACCACCUUGCCAACCGCAUGAAGCUGGAAUGGCACUCCAAGCUCAGCACUGAGAUGACCCCGGCGAAGACUUUCCGCCGUACCUCUAUCAUCUGUACCAUCGGUCCCAAGACCAACUCGGUCGAGAGAAUCAACGCUCUCCGCACUGUCGGCCUUAACGUUGUUCGUAUGAACUUCUCCCAUGGUUCCUAUGAGUACCACCAAUCUGUCAUCGACAACGCCCGUGAGGCUGCUCGUAUUCAGUCCGGUCGCCCCCUUGCUAUUGCCCUUGACACCAAGGGCCCUGAGAUCCGUACCGGUCUCACCGUCGGUGAGAAGGACUACCCCAUCGCCGCCGGCCAUGUGAUCAAGAUCACCACCGAUGAGGCCUUCGCUGAAGCCUGUGACGAGAACACCAUGUAUCUCGACUACAAGAACAUCACCAAGGUGAUCUCCCCCGGCAAGCUCAUCUACGUCGAUGACGGUAUUCUGUCUUUCGAGGUUGUUGAGGUUGUUGAUGACAAGACCUUGCUGGCCAAGGCCCUUAACAACGGUAACAUCUCCUCCCGCAAGGGUGUUAACCUCCCCGGUACCGACGUAGACCUCCCUGCUCUGUCCGAGAAGGAUAUCGCCGAUCUGCGCUUCGGUGUCAAGAACAAUGUUGACAUGGUAUUCGCCUCCUUCAUCCGCCGCGGCAGUGACAUCCUUAAGAUCCGUGAGGUCCUCGGUGAGGAUGGAAAGAACAUCCAGAUCAUUGCCAAGAUCGAGAACCAGCAGGGUGUUAACAACUUCGAUGAGAUCCUCGAGGAGACUGACGGUGUCAUGGUCGCCCGUGGUGAUCUCGGUAUCGAGAUCCCCGCCCCCAAGGUGUUCAUCGCCCAGAAGAUGAUGAUCGCCAAGUGCAACAUCAAGGGCAAGCCCGUCAUUUGUGCCACCCAGAUGCUUGAGUCCAUGACAUACAACCCCCGCCCCACUCGUGCAGAGGUUUCCGACGUUGCCAACGCUGUUCUGGACGGUGCUGACUGUGUCAUGCUUUCUGGUGAGACCGCCAAGGGUAACUACCCUUGCGAGGCCGUCAAGAUGAUGUCCGAGACUUGCUUGCUCGCCGAGGUCACCGUCCCCCACUUCAGCAUCUUCGAUGAGCUCCGUAACCUGGCUCCUCGCCCCACCGAGACCUCCGAGUCCAUUGCCAUGGCUGCCGUUAGCGCCAGUCUGGAGCUGAACGCCGCUGCCAUUGUCGUCCUUACCACUAGCGGUCGCACUGCCCGUCUGCUGUCCAAGUACCGCCCCGUGUGCCCCAUCCUCAUGGUCACUCGCAGCGAGGCCGCCUCCCGCUACUCCCACUUGUACCGCGGUGUUUGGCCCUUCUACUUCCCCGAGCAGAAGCCUGACUUCAACGUCAAGAUCUGGCAAGAGGAUGUCGACCGCCGUCUUACCUGGGGUAUCUCCCACGGUAUGCAGCUCGGCCUGAUCAACAAGGGCGACCCCAUCGUCUGCGUUCAAGGAUGGCGCGGCGGCAUGGGCCACACCAACACCGUUCGUGUGGUCCCCGCCGAGGAGAACCUCGGUCUGAGUCUGGAGUAA